GAAUAAGCCACUAUCUGCUAAAGAUAGGAAGGAGGACACAAGGAAAGCGGUGGAUCAACUCUAUCGGUACUUGAUCGAUGCCUAUCAAAAGCGACAUUGUCCGAAUGUGCUAUACGGCAUUGCCAUUGUAGGCUUUCGAAUGUACCUGUACGAGAUGAGGGGCAUAGGUGCACCGAUGAUUCACGUCGAGUCGGGUUUUGCCCCAAAUUUUCUAGCCAACAGUGCAACCACACUUUGGACGGAAAUUCGCAAAUUGGUUGACGAUCAAGUGCGUGAGAAGCCACCUACGUGGCCACGUGCAACUCGCUCUCUCAACAACAGUGUGGGUGUGGCCCAACAAGAUGCUGACAUGGAGAGAUCCCAAGAUACGAUGGGUGGUCUCUUUGAAGACGCCGAGGCAUUGAAAUUCCCUCCAAUGCCCGAACCCAAAGACCCCAAUGUAUUCGGUGCCACAUCUUACCUACCAGGCCUUAGCCCUGCAAACACCGAUUCUACUGGGCCCCAUGAAAUCGAGAGCCCAAUACAACUCCGUUCAGCUGAUCGGGUUGGGGGAACUCUCUCGUACACCCCGUUCUUCGAUUCCCCUGCCCCAAGCAACUUGAGCAGCGAUCAUCGAGUCGGCGGGACACCGCAUCUCCCCGGUAGUGCCCAAUGGAUGCCCACCCCCCAGCCAGGCCAAACACGGCCUUUUCACGGGUUUCAAUCCAUGCCUGCCGCUCACUCAGGUGGAAUGCCACUCACUCCGAGGGCUCCCUCAGACUCACCACUGCAACCUGUCGGAACACCAUCUUCUCCGAGUCUUCUCAUGCCUCCAUUGGAAUCACCUGAAUCACCACUCCAUCGCUUCUCAACACAAAGGAGGCAACUGCAGAUAACUAAUAACGUUAGCGCAAUCGGUAUCCUUGUGAGAGACCAGGAUCGGUCCUCUGGCACUGCAGGUCAAGGUGAACCUGAAGAGGGUCAAGUUCCUCGAGGUGGCGCUAGUUGCAACCCGAGCUAUGCUGCUGAUGCGCCUAGAACACCUGAACCGAUCAGCCGACGCACCAUAACGGACUGGUACUCCAUUUCGGCUUUACCUUCAACCAGCACGGCUCCCAACAUUGCUCCGCACAGCUCGCGGCACCUUCGCGCGUCCGAGAGAAAUGUCGAUGAUGGUAGCCCCGACACGCCCACGCCCUCAACCAUUACAAACCGGAGCGAUCAGGGCAGGCGAAGCGAUGCCCAACCAAAUCACCCCAAUUUCGGUGGAAGAUAGGUUGGGUCAUCCAACAAGCGCAUGAGCUUGUGGCAUGCUCAUCUCUUUAUGGAAUGGGGCCAAAGGUCCAGAUCUCCUACUAUGUCCAUGGGUAUUGUGCUCUCUCUUGUAUUGUUGUUUAGAGGACCCAAGGAGGGACUGUGUUUAGUUGGCCUCCUGCACGUUACAUACAGAAAGUGAAUGAUAGACACGUGUACUGUGUUCCACAGGAUGACUGAGUAUCGGAUCUUUAGAU